CUCUAAUCAGCUGUUUUGUGCCGCAUAAUCCUCCACAGAAAUGUUGGCCGCCCGCAGAUUACUACGAAAACUGCGUAUUUCCGGGACUCUAAGCUGGUCCCGAUGGAGCAGUGAUGCCGCUAAGGCCAGCACGGAAGCUUCUGCCUUGGAGGGCAACGCGGAGAAGCGCCAGCAGCUGCUCAACGAGCUGGCGGAGCCGCUGGAGCAGAGAAGUCGUCCCUCCAUUGAUCCAAAGGAGACGGCUGUGAUGCUUUUUCCCGGCCAGGGCACCCAGUACGUGGGCAUGGGAAAGGACCUGCUCCGCUUCCCGGGCGCUCGCCGCAUCUUCGAGCUAGCCAACGAGGUGCUGAAGUACGACCUCCUCAAGAUUUGCCUGGAGGGACCACGUGAAAAAUUGAAUCGCACGGAGCACGCUCAGCUGGCCGUGAUGGUCUCUUCGCUGGCGGCCCUGGAGCAAUUGCGCGAGGAGCGGCCCAAGGCCAUCGAAACGUGUGUGGCUGCCGCCGGCUUUAGUCUGGGCGAGAUCACCGCCUUGGUGUACGCGGACGCCCUGCCCUUUGACAAGGCCUUGCGACUAGUCCAAGUGCGCGCCACUGCGAUGCAGGCGGCAUGCGAUCAGGCAGCCGGAGCCAUGGCUAUGACGCUCUACGGACCAGAUACCAAUCUGGGCGAGGAAUGUGCCCGUGCGCAGCAGUGGUGUUUGGACAAGGGAGUGGAGUCGCCCUACUGCGGCAUCGCGAACUACAUGUAUCCGCAUUGCAAGGUGGUGGCCGGCAAUGUGGAGGCCCUCGAGUUCCUGGAGAAAAACGCCAAGACCCUCAAGAUCCGGCGGAUGAAGAGAUUAGCUGUGAGCGGCGCCUUCCACACCCCACUGAUGCAGAGUGCCGUGGAGCCCUUUACCAAAGCCCUAAAAACAGUGCGCCUGCAGGAUCCCGUCAUCAGAGUGUACUCCAAUGUGGACGGAAAGCCCUAUCGCCAUGCUAAGCACAUCCUUAACCAGCUCCCAAAGCAAAUCGUUCGACCUGUCAAGUGGGAACAGACACUCCACGAAAUGUACGAGCGCAGGCAGGGCGUCGACUUUCCACGCACUUUCGAGUGCGGUCCUGGAAAAGGACUUGUUCAGGUUCUGGAAAAAGUAAACGCCAAGGCAGCGCAAUCCAGUUUAAAUGUUACAGCGUAACCUUGUAUAAAUAACCAGUUUGCUUUUAUAAAAA